UCUAUGUGUUGGCCGGUGAAAUUUAGAGAAAGCCGGAUCACGAAAAAUUUGUUGCUCAACACAUCAAAGUACUAAAGAAUUUAUAGAAAAUUAUAUAGAGAAAAUCUAAGGAUUGAGUAUUAAAAAGGCUUUAGAUUUAAAAUAUACAUAGUAUAAAAAGUGUUCCACACAAUAAUUGGAUAGAAAUAAAAAUUUAUAAACAAGAAAAUAAGAAAACAAAAAUAAAAUAAAAUAUAAAAUAAAAUUAAAAAUAAAAAUUUUUAACGAAAAUCUGAAACUUUAAAUACUUUAUUAAAUUUGAAAUUGCUAAAGUUGAAAUUUCUCCUCCAAGAAAAUGCUGAGAAAGUGUUUAACGACUUUCGUGCAAAAUAAGAUCACUAAUAAUACAGCGUGCCUAACGCCAAUCGUCUGUCAGGCGCUAAAUAAACGCGCUCAGCAUAGUAAAAGUCGACCACCGAAAAUUUUGAUAACCGGUGGUCUCGGCCAACUAGGCAUCGAAUGCGCCAAACGCUUACGCUCCCAGUAUGGCGAUGAAAGUGUCAUACUUUCAGACAUUGUUAAACCCAGCAAGCAAGUAGUGGAGAGUGGACCCUACAUAUUUGCUGAUAUUUUAGAUUUCAAAGGAUUACAAAAGAUCGUAGUUGAUCAUCGCGUCGAUUGGCUGAUACAUUUCUCAGCGUUAUUGAGCGCGAUAGGCGAGCAAAAUGUGCCGCUGGCGGUGCGCGUCAACAUCGAAGGUGUACAUAAUGUCAUCGAACUUGCCAAACAGUACAAUUUACGCAUUUUCGUACCGAGCACCAUUGGCGCAUUUGGGCCAGACAGUCCACGGAAUCCUACACCAAAUGUGACGAUUCAACGUCCACGUACUAUGUAUGGCGUGUCGAAGGUGCAUGCCGAGCUAAUGGGCGAGUAUUAUUUCCACAAGUUUGGCUUGGACUUUAGGUGCUUGCGUUUCCCGGGUGUAAUUUCUAGCGAUCCACCUGGCGGUGGCACCACUGAUUACGCUGUCGCCAUAUUUCACGAAGCAUUACGCACUAGCAAAUACACUUGCUAUUUACGCCCUGAUACGCGUUUACCGAUGAUGUACAUUGAGGAUUGUCUCAGCGCUCUGCAUACAAUUAUGUGUGCCCCUUCGGAGAGUUUGAAGCGACGCGUCUACAAUGUUACAGCAAUGUCCUUCACACCUGAAGAGCUGGUUGCUAAACUGAGCCGUCAUGUUCCAAAUUUGCAAGUCACCUAUAAGCCAGAUGGACGGCAAGCGAUUGCUGAUUCGUGGCCGCAAGUUUUCGAUGAUUCUGAAGCACGUCGCGAUUGGGGUUGGCAGCAUAACUAUGAUUUGGAUAAUUUAGUAGAUUUUAUGGUUAAGGAUGUGCAAGAGAAUUAUAUUAAUGUGGAAAAUGCAAAAGUGCGUGCUUCUGUGGGUUGAAAGCUGAUUGAUAUUUAAAACGCGAUGAAUUAUUAAUGUUCAUAAAGUAUUUUUUAAUUGAGGAAAUCUCAAAACUUUCUUGAAAAGGUGUAUUUAUAAAUUUCUUGAAAUGGUGCAUUUAUAGAUUUACAAGUAAGUAAAAUAAAAUAAUGAGGCU